GAAAUUCCACUUUGAGUCUAUUGGGGGUUUGCCGACGUGCUAAGGUCGGGUCUAGCGACCGUCUGUUUUAGGCAGAAUGCAGGUGUAAAAAGCGCUUGGCGGGGUAUUUUUGUAUUUCGUCGUUUUUGUUAUUUUUGUCAGUACACUAGGAUAACUUCUGGCCUGAGCCUUACUCUGCUCAUUCCGUCUCAAGCGCUUUUGGUGUUGACACAUUAACGUUUGUGUAAAUCUUAAAUAUCAGUUCCAUUGCUGUACAGUAGUCAUUAAGAUGACAACUCCUCACGAAGACAAGGCUCUUUCAAGUCCUUCACUUAACUCCGUCGACCACGUUUCGACCCAGGGCGAGAGAUGUGUGGGAUGCGAAGCGCGUAUUAUCGACCGCUAUUUGGUCAAAGUGAGCGGCAGAGCAUGGCACACGAAGUGUUUACGCUGUUGCGUUUGUGGAGACGAGUUAGGCAAAGAAGCAACAUGCUACACCAAGGACAAUAAGAUUUAUUGCAAGACCGACUACGCCAGACAAUUUGGGACAAAAUGCGCACGAUGCGGCCGGAGCAUACAUGCRAACGACUGGGUUCGAMGGGCRAGAAACUGCGUMUACCAUCUGGCGUGUUUCGCGUGCGACAACUGCAAAAGACAACUCUCAACUGGCGAGGAAUUUGCUCUUAAAGAUGACAGCGUUCUCUGCAAGCUGCAUUACCUUGAAACACUAGAUAGCUCGCCUUCGGAUCGCGAUUAUCAGGAAGUUUUCUCUCCUGAUCUGGACAGCGAGGAUUCCCCAUCAAGUACAAGCAGAUCCGGCCGGCACAAGGCUAAACGCGUACGCACAACAUUUACAGAAGAACAGCUCCAAAUUCUACAAGCAAACUUUAAUAUCGAUUCAAAUCCCGACGGCCAAGACCUCGAGAGGAUCGCACAGCUUACUGGUCUAAGUAAACGAGUAACUCAAGUUUGGUUUCAAAACUCGAGAGCUCGACAGAAGAAAUACGGUACACCGCUCUACAGUCCGAGCCAGAGGGCUUCUGCUACAGUUACUUAUUAAUGACUCAACUGAAAACUCGUUUAGUUUUGUUUCAAUUCGCGCGGGGAAAACCGAGUUCUCGUGACGUCACAUCAAUUCACGCGGGAAGACUGGGUAUUGUUAUGACGUCACAAUGUUGAUGACGUCACAUGAGCACGUGGUCCGAGCAGUGUGACUACAAAGUCGUUAGAGAAUUUAUAAGAAAAGGUUAAACACAAGGCCUUCUUUAUAUACAUAUAUGAUAAAUAUAUUAUGGAGAUAUGUUAAAUUGAUGAUAACUCCUAUUUAUGUGAUACACAAAAUUAACGAGAAUUACGGAGGAAGCAUAAUUUUUUGGUUAUCUUGGCCCUCAAUUUUGAAGUCAGGCUAAUUUCCAGACGUGUUAUGAUUAAAAGUGCUCGAUUUUAUGGUGCUAAGAGAAGCUGUCACGACUUGGGGUCUGUAAUCCGCGAUUGAUUUGUGGUACUCGAAUUCGCGAUAUAUUUAUUACCAUUAGCUUUUGUUGUACAAAUUUAGAAAGAAAUACCCUUCAUAAACUAUCAAUGGAGCUUUUCAUAUUUCUUUGCUUUGAGUUAUUACUUUGGGGUAUAUUCUAUAGUUCGCAGUKUAUUUUCAGUUUUCAUUUGGUUAAUUUUYCUUUCCCAUUUGUAAGGUUGACCAGUUUUGUUAUAUUUAGAACGCUAUGUUCGAUGGCGAGAUUUAUUUUGAAGAAAAUGYUUUUUUUCGUUUCUUCUUAUUUCAAUAUUCGGUCAUUCAUGAGUCCGUGGAAUUGUACUAUUUCUUUUGAAAACGUAUUCAGAAAUGAAUAAAGCAAUUUGUGWAAUCUCUUGAAUGAAGAAUCAAAAUUCUGUGCAKRUUUGUCGUUCUUGUGAUGUCCAAGAUGCAGUGCAUUCUAGGAGCUAUUGCGUCACAGGACUAAAUUCGUAUGUUAGUAAAAUCUACCUUAUUUAUGGUAUAAUAUAUUAGCAAAGUAUAAUGAAAAUAAAAGACUAACCUAGAUURAUAUUAAUAGUAGUAAAGCAAGCUUAACUUGAUAUAAAUUAAUAUUGAUAUAUUGACUGGAGUACGUUAUAUAUAUAUAUUGUAAAUAUAGGGAAAUAAAGCUGCUAAUGUUCACUGCC